AUGCCCACGGCCUGCAUCGCCUCCAUCCUCCACCACUACCAUCCAGUUGGCCCCUCCUCGGCGAUAUCGCUCUCCUGCAUUUCCGUCCAUCCAGCUCCGCUUCUGCCCUUUCAGCUCUUCUUCCGCGUGCUGCUACGAUUUGGAAAGACUCCUCCUCCAUCGGCCGCUAAACCCCACCUUCCACUUUAUUGGGUUUUGCAAUACGCCAACUUACUUUGGACUUUCAUCGCCCGGAUCUUGAACCAUCCCACGUUCUUCUUGCACGACGCAAGCUCGCAUCUCGCUCAUAUCGUCGAAGAAGCAAACUCGCCUCUGAACCAAGACGGAACCGCCGAUCGCCUCACCCAUAAGCUUGUCUCGAGGAAACCGUCAUCUGCUCGCGGCGAUCACGUUCACUCGGCGCAUCCAUCCACACGCUCCCCGUCGCAUAUACAUCCUUCGUCUUCCAUCAUGGGUCUGCUCGAUCACGUCGGCAGCGCCGUCUCGGGUGCCAAGUCGCACAUCAAGCCUAGCAAGGAAGACCGCCCACCCGAGGGCGCCUCCGCCGACGACACCGAGGAGCUCGACGAGGAGUCCGGCAACAUCCUCAUGUCGCUCAUCGGCCAGCUCCGCAUAGGCAUGGACCUCUCCAAAGUGACGCUCCCCACGUUUGUGCUCGAGCCCCGCUCCAUGCUCGAGCGCAUCACCGACUUCAUGUCGCAUCCCGACCUCAUCUUUGGCGCCGGAAAGCUCGACUCGCCCGAAGAGCGCUUCCUCCAGGUGACGCGCUACUACCUCUCCGGCUGGCACAUCAAGCCCAAGGGCGUCAAGAAGCCGUACAACCCCAUCCUCGGCGAGUUCUUCCGCUGCACCUACAACUACACCGACGGCACCAAGGGCUACUACAUUGCCGAGCAGGUCUCGCACCAUCCGCCCAUCAGCGCCUACUACUACGUGUCGCCCGAGAACAACCUGCUCUUCUACGGCGAGCUCAAGCCCAAGUCCAAGUUCCUCGGCAACUCGGCCGCCACCAUCAUGGGCGGCGAGAAUCGCGUGGUGCUGCUCGACCGCCAGGAGGACGGCGAGUACGCCAUCUCGAUGCCCAACAUGUAUGCGCGCGGCAUCCUCUUUGGCCGCAUGGUGCUCGAGCUCGGCGACACGAGCAAGAUCCGCAACGACGCCAACGACCUCAGCUGCGACGUCGAGUUCAAGACCAAGGGCUACUUCACCGGCACCUACAACGCCAUCGGCGGCAAGGUCACCAAGGGCCACAAGGCGGUCGGCGAGAUCACGGGCAAGUGGAGCGACUCGAUGGACUACAAGGACUCGAGCUCGGGCAAGGUGGAGGAGCUGUUUGAUGCGCACAAGGCGACCAUCGUGCAGAAGGAGGUGAUCCCCGAGGACCAGCAGGAGGCCAACGAGUCGCGCAGGUUGUGGAGCAAGGUCACCGAGGGCAUCAAGGAGAAGAACCUCGACAAGGCCACCGAGAGCAAGAGCGCCAUCGAGGAGAAGCAGCGUGCGCUCGCCAAGGAGCGCGAGGAGUCGGGCGCCACCUGGUCGCCGCGCUUCUUUGUGCAGAAGGGCGAAAAGUACUACCCCAAGAUGGACGCACUUCCCUCGGACGACUACCGCCCUCCCGUCGUGGUCGACUACUUUGCCAAGUCGGCGUAG